GAGGUAUUGUAGGUGACACUUGUUGGAACAAGGGCUUAUGGUCAAGAUAUAAAUAUAAAAAAUAAGGAAACAUGCAUGUGAUGUUUUGGACUUAAUAACUUUAUCAUUUGUAAUAUUAUCUAUGGUAUAGUAAAAUGCUCUUUAGUAUCCAUGGAUGUAAACGUGAUUGGCUAAACUAUAUUAAAACAUAUAUUCUUAUUUUUAUCUUUACACUCUUGUACUAAUAUGUUAACAUUGAAGAUUCUGCAUAAUAAAUUGUAUUUAAGCUUCCACUUACACAAUAAGUGGUAUUAGAGCUUAGAUCAAGAUUUUUGAAAGAGCUAAAAAAGUCUAAGAAGAUUAUAGAAAGAAUUUUGGUUAGAAGUGAAGUGAAAUGUUCUAUCAUUGAAAUUUGAUAUACAAUACGAAUAUUAUAGAAAGAUGAAAUAUUUACUCAAUGGAAUUUGAUUCAAAGUAAAUAUUCUUAGGAAGUGUCCCCAAUUCCAAAAUGGAAUAUAUUUCUUUUUGUAAAGAAUACUUCUUAUGUUAAUUUAUUAUUAUAAUAUUAUACUCGCUUAUAAUAUCUCUUUAAAUAUUCGAGAUCAUAAGGAAAAAUUUAUGAAAUAGAGAUGUAGAUCUAAAACAUAUACCAAGCACACAAGGACCUAAGGAAGAUUAUGUAAUAUUCGAUGGAGUGAGGGCUCAUAGUUCAAAUGUAGAUGCAUGAAUUAGGAAACACAGAAUAUUACACAGCUCUAUAGUUAUAUUUGGUUUUUCAUUUUAUGAUAAUCACUAUCGUGUAAUAAAAUAAUUUUCUCUUUUGUUAAUAUAAUCCCGAUUGGCUGAAUCACAUUAAAAUCUCACAUAUCCUUAUGUGUGGAUUAUUUUUUCUUACACUGAUAUGUUAGCAUUAAAUUUUCAUUUGCACGAUAAGCACUAUUACAACUUUUGCCAACACAACAAAUUUUAGUGCACAAUCUUAACUAAAUUACACAAUUUUAAUGUAUUAUUUUGGUGCAUGUGGUUAGACUAUGGUCAAAUCAAAAACUUAAAGCUAUUAUAAUUUCUAGAUAUAAACCUCUUUAGGGUUUAGUAUGAGCUAGGCUAAAUUAUAAAUGGAUCUUGGCACACACAUUGGAUAUGCCUUCCACUUAAAUGUAGAAGCAUUUCAAGAGAAUGCACACUCAUGGUUACCUUUUAUUCAUUUCCAUGAAAACGAUAUGAAUUUAGACGGAAAGGUUAAAAUGAUAAUUCAACAAAAAAAGAGAAAAAAAAAAAGAGGAGAGAAUAUAAUGUGUAUCCUACACUGCUAAAAGUGAAUUUUGUCUAGUUAUUUCCACAGAUAAGCAUUAUGGCUAUUUUUCUCCUCUCCCAGCUUCCUCAAAUCUUGAUUGUACUUCACAUUUUCCCACAUGCUCUCCUCCUCUCCAUGUCUUUCAGCGAAAUGCAACUGUAAAAAAAAAUCUACAAUAUUGGGAAGUGUUUUACAUGAAGGAGCAAGAGUAGCCAUGACAGAGAGAUUAUUUAUCCAUGAAGAAAAAAAUGAUGGAAGCAAGCAGGAGGAAACAGAAAACACCUCCUUUGACUUGAAUGAAGAAUCCAACUCCCCAGAGGAUGACGCUGCAGCUGAAGCUGAAGUGAGCAUGGAGGAUGAUGAAGGAGAAAGAGAAGGGAGUUCAGCAAAUAAUAAUAAUGUCUCUGCUGGGGAAAAACGUCGAGGGAAAAACUCAGUUAGGCAGUAUGUUCGAUCAAAAAUGCCUCGACUCCGGUGGACUCCUGACCUCCAUCUCUCUUUUGUGCAUGCUGUUGAGAGGCUUGGUGGACAGGCCAGAGCGACUCCAAAGCUGGUUCUUGAGUUGAUGAAUGUGAAAGGACUUAGCAUUGCCCAUGUAAAGAGCCACUUGCAGAUGUAUCGAAGUAAAAGGCUUGAUGAAUCAGGACAAGUAUUAUGUAAAACAUAUAGACGAAUGGGAGGAAGAGAUCGAGAUCGUGAUUGCUCUCCUGGAAUUUUGUUCAGACCAACCGGUUCUUGCCGACAUUUCAGCAUGGAGAAGAGUGGAAUGGAGCAAGCUUGGAACCCUGGUGAGUGCAGUCGUAGUUACAAUCUUUUGCGGUGCACCCUCUCUCAACAACAAUAUGAUUUCAGAGCUAACUCUUCAAGGCGGCAACAGUAUGCUUCCAGUCAGUACUAUAAUGCGUUAAGAUUAAGUACUAGUGCACUACAGAGCAAACAAUAUUUCGGACAAGGCAACGGGUUGGUUGAAAGGAUGAUUUUCCAUACUCAAAACAGGCCAUCAACUUCAAACCCGAAUCAUGUUUUGGAGGCAAUUGCACAAAAUAGACCCACUAGACCUAGCAGAUUUCUUGAAGAAAAGAAGUGGCCUCCACGGGAAUUGAUUGGAAAUCCGUGGAGGGAGAAGACCAGGACUAAUGCUGCCUCCCAAUCUCUAGUGCAUCAAAUUUGUACUACUCCAAGGUGUGUUGGAGCAACGCUAACAUACAGCAAGAAGCCGUCUGAAUGGAGCCCUGCAAAUGAGGAAAGACUUGGGCAAUUUCAAUCACACUUGCAUUAUCCUAAAACCAUCUCCAGUAUCUCCACACCACAAAUUGAGCCGCCAUUUCGGCUUGAGUCGAAUCAGGAGAAGAGAUUGAAGGAGGAGGAAUGGUUGCCUGAUUUGCAACUGAGACUGAGCCAAAGAAGUGCAAAUGAGGAAGACACCCACCACAAAAGCAAGUAUGAAAUGAAUACCAUGCUUUCUUUGUCUCCGUAUUCCUCAAGGCAGCAAGAACAACCUACUGAGAAACAAAAAGAAGAAACUCAAACAAAUGCCUGGCCUUCACAAACAACCACCGGCAAGGCUGAUUUGAGCUUGAGUAUUUAGAAUAUUUGACCAUAUCUAGAAAGCAUAGAAGUGAACUUUCAAGUAAUUGUCUUCUUAAUCCCUUUUGUUGGAAUAAAAUUAGUUUAGCAUAGCGGUAAAACCGGCCAUACAGUUUACAUAGGGUAGAUUCACAUGCUAUGUACAUUGAAAUACAUGCUUAAAUAUGACUCAAUUUGAUAGAUAUAUUUA